AUGUGCUUCUACGACCUCGACGUUGGAGCCAACGAACGAGAACGUUCGCGGAUCCGGUGGCAGACUUCGGACAUGCUGCACUACGACAACGCCUCAUCCCUCCCCGAGGGGUCCGUGUGCCCCCAGGGAGCGUACAACCCGAAUACCGGCGUUGGGUGCGAUCCGUCCACCGGCGUUGGGUGCGAUCCGUGCGGCACCGUUGUGGCUCCUUACGCCUACACGGACCUCACCCAAGCCGCGAUCGAGGCCGGGUGCAAGUGCUUCGAGAACACAGUCUCCUUCACGCUGCGGUGGUGCCAGCCCGAGUUCAACUCUUCCGGUGUCCUCGUCCCAGCUGCAUGCUACAUCAAGAUACCCGGCGACCCGUCGCACGCCAUCGAGCCGCAGCUCUACGAGAACAAAGUCGAGGGCGGUGCAUUGUUAGUAAGCCCGUUUAGGGUCCCCAUCACACCGGACAACCCUCGCGGCCGGGCGUACUCCUACUACAACGAAUCGCAAGAGCUCGGGGACGGCUGCGUUCAGUUCAUCGCGACGCAACAAGGCGUCGGCGGCGACAACCCGUCGUCGAGAACCGACGUCUUCAAGCCCCUCGCAGACCUGUCGGAAAGGGAGCGGUACGACGUGCUUCCAAAGGCGCUGUCUGGGGUAGGCGACGACCAGUUCAACGUCGACUACCACGAUUGCGGCAGGGGAUGCUCGUGCGGCGCCUCGGUGACUUUCAACCCACCGGGCUACUUCAUGGCCAACAGCGAGGCUGGGAAUCUCGCUCCCGGCUGGCGCGUCGAGGCGAACGAAGUAGGGCUCAGCGCAGGCUGGACGGAUGAGCAAUGCAACAAUACGCAAACGAACCAGACCACGUUCACGGAGCGAUGCCACUACGUCAACGACGCGACGAACCAGACCGCUUGGUUCAGAUGCGACGACAACCCGAGGACGCCAACCGCUCCUGGCGGGCUAAGUGAUUGCUUUGAAUACGCGGGCCGCAACUUCCUCUUCUCCAUCGACAACCCCCCGCCCGAGCCCCGGUUCCGCGAGUGCUGGUUCUGCAACGAGAUCUCCGACGGCACCUUCGGCAUCAAAGAUCUGAGCUCCUUCCUGCGGUACGAAGCCUUCUCGGUGCGGGAGGCGGGCUCGAUGAAUGAGGGGCUGUACAACAUCAACAACGAGGAUGGGACGGCCUCCCUCAAGGGUACCACCGACCCAACGCGUGCGUGCGGCGUGGCCGAUUGUUGUCCCGAUACCACCGCCGACGGGUGCGAAAGCGGCGUGAAGCGCCCGGCCAACCCGUGGCUGCAAGAGGUGCGGCUGCAUCUGACCCCGCCGUUCGUUCUCCGAGAGUAUCACACGGGCGGCUUGGUCUAUAGCGCUGCCGGCCGCACGAGUCUCGCCCGGUUUGUGCGCGUAGGCACUUGCCUUCCGGGUUGCGUCGAGAUCGACGCGACCGAGGACAACAUAGUGUUCUCGAACAGAGGCAUGUCGACUGGGUUUCGCGACAGCGAGUUCGACAAAAAGCCAGCCACAAGGAUGUCGCCCGUCACGGGCGAGAUCGAGCCGGUGCUCGCUUGCGUGGGCGGCUGGCCGGCUUGCAUCGAGCUCUGCGAGCCCGUGGAUUGCACAAAGAAUUGCCGUCCGAGCGCCUGCUACUCGGAGGAGUACCGCUGCGUCGACUGCGGCGACUGGGAGGUGCCCAUCUUCGAGCUGACCCAGGAGGAGGCGUGCGGGCGGGUGGGGCUCUUCAAGGAGGAGUGCGAGGCCGCCGGCUGCUGCGAGUACGGAGGAGAAAACACGAGCAUCGUAUUCAACAUCCAAGGGCUCGGCUACCCAAUCCCCCUCCCCACCGGCUUCGAGGGCACCGUCGGCAUCUACAACGGCACCUCGUGCGAUGCCGACCCCGGUGACCCCGAUGGCAUCCCACUGAUCGGCAACCUCCUCCCCACUCUCACCGCGCCCAUGCCCCCGGGGGAGGCAUGGCCAGUCGAGUUCGAGACGUCCGACAGCGCCGAUAGCGACUCCCUCCGCACCUCGAUCAAAAUCGACCUGGGCAUGACGCACGAGCAGCUGCUCGGCAAACUGGUGGCUGUGAAACUCAGGCUGAAGGGAACGCAGGACUACCAGAUCGCCGCGUGCGCGCCGAUGGGGGGCGCUGAGCCGCGAGAUCCUAACUCUGAGGCCUUCUCGCGGCUGAGGGCUCGGAGUCUCGGCAAUGGCGGCCAGCCGGGCACGCCUCCGGUGUACGGCCAAACCCUCGUGUCAUUUGCGUGUCUCCCGAAGGGCCGCGGCGAGGCCUCGUGCCAGUCUGGCAGAGUUGACGACAGCACCGUCCCCAAGAAGGGUCCUUUCGAGGGCCCGCUGCCGGAUUUGCAGCAGUGCAUAGCGACUCAAUCGACGCACCCGUCCCCGCCGCCCAACUCGCCGUUCCCGCCCUCUCUGCCGGAUGCGCAACCCAACACGUGCAUCGGCGACUCUCUGCUCCUCAAGUGCGGCAUCAAGCCGAGCGCGCAGAACGACUCCCUGUUCUACCCGGCCCUGGUUGCCCCGAACGAAAACCCGCCAGGGGGACUGCAAGGCACCACGACCACAGGAUACUACGCGGAGCAGUGCUCCGGUCGACUGACUGGGGAGCCCGGGGCGAAUUUCGGAUUCACGCCACCAAACGGCAGAGGCAGCGCCGGCGAGCCAAGUGUCGAGACCGGCGAGCCCCUCUGCGCCUUCCACCCGCACAUGCCGGAGCCGCAGUACCCGCUCUACAGCGAGGACGCAAACUUUCAGGAGCUGCCGCCGACCACGCCACCGCCGCCGCUGCGGCCGUGUACUGAGCCCUUCGGGUGCGAAGGCGCGGGACCGAACUUCGGAUUCAACACGAAUGCGCCGGCGCCAAAGGCCACGUGCGACGCGAUGCCGAUGCCGGUGGGGUUCGUCACGGAUUUGCCUGUGUUCAUGAAUCGCUACAUCAACGGCGCGGCCUACCCAUCAUUCUGGUCGAAGCUUUGCGAUCCGUUCGUGUGCGAUUGGCGCCCUACGGUGCCCGCUUACAACGGCUCGAUGAUCCCCAACAAGAACCACUGGCGUUGCGUGCAAUGCUCGACCCUCUUCAAUGAGAUGAAUGACUACUGCCGCGGCUCCUCAGACGAGGGCCCCGGUAUCGAGCCAUGGAUGGGUAGGAAGAGCUACUUCGCGGACGACGUCUAUACACGGUUGUAUCCCAUCGAGACCAGCCUCAGCUGGGCAGCUUGCAAGUACUCCCCGGAUCCGGCCGUCUGUAGCAAUGCCACGACUGCCACGAAUGCCACGACCCCGGACCAGAAGUGCGGCGACGGAGUCUACGUCAACUGCGAGUUGGACACGAGCGGUCAAUGCGUGCCCAAGCCCAAGGAUGCCGUGACGUGCCCGAGGCCAGAUCCCUCCCUCGACGACGAAAAGGCUUGCAAGGAGGGGGGAUGCCGCCUCGAGACGAUAGUCCAAGCGCGCGCAUUCGCGAAGCAGAAUGACUACUGCCGCGGCUCCUCAGACGAGGGCCCCGGUAUCGAGCCAUGGAUGGGUAGGAAGAGCUACUUCGCGGACGACGUCUAUACACGGUUGUAUCCCAUCGAGACCAGCCUCAGCUGGGCAGCUUGCAAGUACUCCCCGGAUCCGGCCGUCUGUAGCAAUGCCACGACUGCCACGAAUGCCACGACCCCGGACCAGAAGUGCGGCGACGGAGUCUACGUCAACUGCGAGUUGGACACGAGCGGUCAAUGCGUGCCCAAGCCCAAGGAUGCCGUGACGUGCCCGAGGCCAGAUCCCUCCCUCGACGACGAAAAGGCUUGCAAGGAGGGGGGAUGCCGCCUCGAGACGAUAGUCUGGAACGGCGAGGAGUGCACCUCCGAGUGCCCUUCGUGGUGCACUCCGCCGUCGCCUCCGCCGGCGUGCACCGACCUGGUCGGUCGCAACAGGAAGCAGGGAGGCUGCCUCUCGAUCUGGCCCCCAGGCGGCAACUGCGACAGCUACUUCGAGAGCUUCGGCAGAAUCUACCAGCUCUGCGAGGACAAGGGCAGAGGGUUCUGCGAGCAGUCGUCUGGUUUCCGCGUCAAGACCACCAAGAUUUACGAAGUGCCCGACACGCCAACGCGCAAGCGGGCGGUCGUACUCGGCCGCGACGUCUUCCUCGUGGAGUCGUAG